AUGGCCCCACCAACCUAUGUGAAUUACCGUCUUGACACUCUGGGAAAUGGAACAUCUCAAUGGCUUCAAACAACCAUAUCAGACUUGGAUGAGAAAUUGGAUGCUAUGAAGACCAUUUUAGAUGGUGACAAUUCUCCAAAAGAACUCAUGCAUUGCGAAUGGAGAGAAGAUCUCAUAGAGAUGCUUGAAGAUUUUGGCCAAUCUUACCGUGUGUUAGCCAUAGCAUAUAACCAACUUAAGUUAAAAACCUCUCAGGGUACCUUCCAAUCUGGAUCUUUAUCAUCUUCUGGUACAUCAAGAACCAUUUGUUCUAUCUGCAAUAAAAGAAUGUGUUCCUUGGAGCACUCCAAUAUCAAAAUUGACCGUAGUAUCCUUGGUUUUGAUCUUUCAAACGAGCAAGGAGAUGAAUGCCAUGAACUGUUAUCAGCAGGCACAUGCAGCACGAAAUUAAAACCAGAACGCAGAAAUAUUCAAAUGGAGGACAGAAUGACAAAAUUUUCAACCACUGAAGAGAAGAUUGACGAUUCGGAAUUACAUCAGAGAACUGAAGAUCCUCCAAUGAUCAGUUUCAAAUGUGACAAUUUGUGGUCGACACUAAAGUAUCAAACAAAACUUAUACAGGACAAUCUGCACCAGUUGCUACUGCUGGUCCAAAGAAAUGAUGAAAAGAGAGAAACCAUCAGAAGGCUUAGACUAAAGGUGGAAACUUUGAAGACUGAGAACAGGGCCCUGCAGAUUUCUUUAACCCACUCCAAUGCUGAUUCAGAAUGUGAUCAACCACAGACUUCAAGAGCAGGAGGAAGAUCUACAGGCAAGCUCUUCAAAAUCUAG